ACAGCCUCAUUUGCAGUCUCCUCUCUCUCUGCUUCUACCCGAACACUAAUCGGAGGCAGAGCUAUCACCACAGCUUCUCAGUUUCUCCACCACCACCAUGGCGACGGCCGCUCCCACUCCUCCACGUCAGCUCUCCCAGAAGGAGGCUGACAUCCAGAUGAUGUUGGCCGCCGAGGUCCAUCUCGGCACCAAGAACUGCGAUUUCCAGAUGGAGAGAUACGUCUUCAAGCGCCGCAACGACGGUAUUUACAUUAUCAACCUUGGGAAGACAUGGGAAAAACUCCAGCUGGCUGCCAGAGUUAUUGUUGCUAUUGAAAACCCCAAGGACAUCAUUGUGCAGUCUGCUAGGCCGUAUGGACAAAGGGCUGUCUUGAAAUUUGCUCAGCACACAGGUGCUAAUGCCAUUGCUGGUAGGCAUACUCCUGGUACAUUUACCAAUCAGCUACAAACAUCGUUCAAUGAGCCCCGCCUUCUCAUUUUGACCGACCCAAGGACUGAUCACCAGCCAAUCAAGGAAGCUGCUCUUGGGAACAUCCCUACCAUUGCCUUCUGUGAUACUGAUUCCCCCAUGCGCUAUGUUGACAUUGGCAUUCCAGCCAAUAACAAGGGGAAGCACAGUAUUGGAUGCCUUUUCUGGUUGCUAGCAAGGAUGGUUCUGCAAAUGCGUGGUUCUCUUAGGCCAGGACAUAAAUGGGAUGUCAUGGUUGAUUUGUUCUUCUACAGAGAACCUGAGGAGGCCAAGCCACAGGAGGAGGAAGAUGCAGUCCAAGCUCCAGAGUACAUUGCUGAUUAUACUGCUGGUCUUGGUGGCGAGCAAUGGCCUGCCCACAUUGCUGAUGCUUCUUGGUCUACAGAUGUUGCGGCCCCAGCUGGUGCUCUUCCAGCAGUAGCUGCUGCUGGCUGGACUGGAGAAACAGGUGCACAAGAUGGUUGGGAUACCGCAGUACCACCACCAGUUGCCGUUUCAACCCUUGAGGGUGGUGCUCCUGUAGUUGCCACUGGUUGGGAUUCUUAGAUUUUUGGUAGUGUCAUCAGAGUUGAAGCUUGUAUGGAACUAGAGUACUUUCUUUUUUGGCUUCGUUGAAGUUUUUGGAUGAUGGAUCGACUGUUUCUGAAACGAUUGAGUUCUAGAUUUCAGUGUUGUUCUCGGAGAUUUUGAGAGUGAUUUAAUGUUUUAUUCAUUUUACUCAUCUUUCACACAGUAAGUUCCACAUU